CCGAGAGAGGCGAGAUGGCUAGAGGGGCCCCUUAGAAGCUGCCCCUGGGACUGGGCGGCCCGACUUCCGGCCUCCUCUCUGUCCGGGAGGCGGCGGCGGCGGCUUCGCUUUCUUCCCAAUCCCCCUGCGUGUAACGCCGAGCAGCCCCUGGCAAGGGAGGCGGGACUUAGUCACCCCUCCAACUUGGUCAGCUCCUGCCUGAAGACGGAGGCCAUGGAAGAGAAUGACUCAGGUGGCCUGCAAGCAGAAAGUGGCGCUGAUGCAGCUGAGGUUAGGAACACUAAAGACGGAUUUGUCCACAAAAGCCUAUGUGCCAACACCGCCAGCUCAGAUGUGCAGCGCCAGUGCUUCAGGCAGUUCUGCUACCAGCAGGCCAAGGGCCCCCGAGAGGUUUGCAGCCAACUCCACAGCUUUUGCCGUCAGUGGCUGGAGCCAGAAAAACACACAAAAGUUCAGAUGCUGGACCUGGUGAUCCUGGAGCAGUUCUUGAGCAUCCUGCCACCGGAGAUGGAGAGCUGGGUCAGGGAAUGCAGAGCAGAGACCAGUUCCCAGGCAGUGGCCCUGGCAGAAGGUUUCCUCCUAAGCCAGGCACAGGCCAAGAAGCAGGAAGAGCAACUGCUGGAGAGACUGGCAGCAGAAGUGGCUGCUGAUCUCUCUGAGGCAGUGAAGGCUCCACUGGACAUGAUAGAAAAGCCACCCUUCAUGUGGAUGGUGCAGGAGGGUGACCGAGGUGCCAGCUUGCAGAGCAUUGGAAAGAACCAGGGUCCUCAUUCCAGGCUGUCGCCUCUCUGUGACGGAAGGGAUUUUGUUGCCACACCAUCACCAGAACCGUGUUGGGUAACCUUGGAGGAGGUGGCUGUGUGCUUCACGGAGGAGGAGUGGGCUCUACUGGAUGCUGCCCAAAGGGCUCUGCACAAGGAAGUCAUGGAGGAGAAUUCUGGGCAUCUGGCCUCUCUGGGUGAUAUGACAGAGAGUGAAAUGCAGUGGAGAAAACCUGAAGGAAAUUGGAAGUUGGGACUGAAAUCCACUGUUUCCAAAGGAUCUGAUGUGCAUGAAAUUCCUAUCCAGAAUAAAACUCACAAUGAAAACAGAAGGAAUAAGAUCCCUCUGCAUGCAAAAAUUUUAACUUGUAAAUCAAAUCAUCGCAUGGAUGAAAGAAAACACACAGGGGAGAAGCCAUUUAAAUGCCCAGAUUGUGGAAAAGGGUUCAAGCAGAGCACAGAUCUUGCUGUGCAUCAAAGAAUCCACACAGGGGUGAAACCAUAUCAGUGCUCAGUGUGCGGAAAGAGCUUCAACCAGAGAGCACAUCUUUCUGUUCAUCAAAGAAUCCACACAGGGGUGAAACCAUAUGAGUGCUCUAUGUGUGGAAUGAGCUUCAACCACAGCACAAGUCUUGUGGUGCACCAAAGAAUCCACACAGGGGUGAAACCAUAUCAGUGCUCUUUGUGUGGAAAGAGCUUCAGCCGGCGCACAAAGCUUACACAACAUCAAAGAAUCCAUACAGGGGAGAAACCAUAUCAAUGCUCUGUGUGUGGAAAGAGCUUCAACCAGAAUGCACAUCUUGCUGCACAUCAAACAAUCCACACAGGGGAGAAACCCUAUCAGUGCUCAGUGUGUCAAAAGAGCUUCAGCCGGAGGACAAACCUUUCACGACAUCAAAAGAUCCACAAAGAGGAAAAGCCGUAUCCGUGCUCUGUAUGUGGAGGAGCUAAGAUGGCAAUGGAACAGCAGCCUAUCAUCUCGACUUGCACACACAUCCUGCAUUCGCCUUUCUUCAGAAAUGAAGGAGUCCCUUUUGCUGACCGCGGAAGGACUGGGUGGCCUUACUUCCGGUCCCCUCUCUAUCCGGGAAAGGAGGCUUCGCUUUCCUCCCUGCCCUGCGUGCAACCCAGAGCAGCCCUGGCAAGGGAGGCGGGAUUUAGUCACCCCUUCCACUUGGUUGGCUCCUGCCUGAAGACAGAGGCAAUGGAAGGGAAUGACUCAAGUGGCCAGCAAUCAGAAAGCAGCUCUGAUGCAGCUGAGGAUAGGAGCACUGAAAAAGGAUUUGUCCAGAAAAGCCUAUGUGUGGAUACCACAGCUUCAAAUGCCCAGUGCCAGCGCUUCAGGCAGAUCUGCUACCAGGAGGCUAAGGGCCCCCGAGAGUUUUGCAGCCAACUGCACAGCCUUUGCAAUCAGUGGCUGCAGCCAAAAAGACACACAAAAGCUCAGAUACUGGACCUGGUGAUCCUGGAGCAGUUCCUGACUGCACUGCCCCCAGAGAUGGAGAACUGGGUGAGAGAAUGCGGAGCAGAGACCAGCCCCCAGGCAGUGGCCCUGGCAGAAGGUUUCCUCCUGAGCCAGAUAGAGGCCAAGAAGCAGGAAGAGCAACAGCUGGAGAGACUGGCAGCAGAAGUGGCUGCUGAUCUCUCUGAGGCAGAGGAGGCUCCACUGGACACCGGAGAUAAGCCACCCUUCAGGCAGAUGGUUCAGGAGGGUGACCGAGGUGCCAGCUUGCUGGGCAUUGGAAAGACCCCGGGGCCUCAUCCCAGGCCUUCUCCUCUCGGCAGUGGAAGGGAUUUUGUUGUCAUGUCAUCACUGGAACAGGCUCCAUUGACCUUUGAGGAGGUGGCUGUGUACUUUACGGAGGAGGAGUGGGCUCUGCUGGAUGCUGCCCAAAAGGCUCUGCACAAGGAAGUCAUGGAGGAGAAUUCUGGUCAUCUGGCCUCUCUGGGACUUUUGGUUUCCAAACCUGACCUCGCUUCCUGGCUGGAGAAAGAGGAAGGAUCACUGUACGAGGACUCCGAGGAAGGAGAGAGAUGUGCAGGUGAUGAGAGAGAGCAUGAAAUGCAGUGGAGAAAAUUUGAAGCAUAUCAAAAGUGCAGAGAGAAACCCAUUGUUUCCAAAGAAUCUGACAUGCAUGCAAUUCCUGUCUUGAAAGAAAAUCACAAUGAAAACAGAAGGAAUAGGUUCCCUCUACAUGCAAAGAUCUUAACUUGUAAAUCAAGCCAUAGCAUGGAUCAAAGAAUCCACACAGGGGAGAAGCGAUUUAAAUGCUCAGAGUGUGAAAAGUGGUUCAAGAACAGCACAGAUCUUACUAGGCAUCAAAGAACCCACACAGGGGAGAAACCCUAUCAGUGCUCAGAGUGUGGAAAGAACUUCAAGCGGAGCACACAUCUUGCUCUGCAUCAAAGAAUCCACACAGGGGUGAAACCCUAUCAGUGCUCAGUGUGUGGAAAGAGUUUCAUCCACAGCUCAGAUCUUACUAGGCACCAAAGAAUCCACACAGGGGAGAAACCCUAUCAGUGCUCAGUGUGUGGAAAGAGCUUCAACCAGAGCACACAUCGUGCUCAGCAUCAAAGCAACCACACAGGAAUGAAACCAUAUCAGUGCUCAGUGUGUGGAAGGAGUUUCAGCCGAAGCAAAAACCUUAAACAACACCAAAUAAUCCACGCAGAAGUAAAACCAUUUAAAUGCUCAAUGUGUGGAAAGAGCUUCAACCGGAGCACAAAACUUGCUCUGCAUCAAAGAAUCCACACAGGGGUGAAACCAUAUCAGUGCUCAAUGUGUGGAAAGAGUUUCUACUGGAGCACAAACCUUACACAACAUCAAAUAAUACACACAGAAGAGAAACCAUAUCAGUGCUCAGUGUGCGGAAAGAGUUUCAACUUUAGUGCAAAUCUUACACGACAUCAAAGAAUCCACACAGGGGAGAAACCAUAUCAGUGUUCAGUGUGUGGAAAGAGUUUCAACCAGAGCACACAUCUUGCUCUGCAUCAAAGAAUCCACACAGGGGUGAACCCAUAUCAGUGCUCAAUGUGUGGAAAGAAUUUCAAUUCAAGUGCAAACCUUACACAACAUCAAACAAUCCACACAGAGGAGAAACCAUAUCAGUGCUCAAUGUGUGGAAAGAACUUCAGCCGGAGCUCAAGUCUUGCAGUGCAUCAAAGAAUCCACACAGAGGAGAAACCUUAUCAGUGCUCAGUGUGUGGAAAGACUUUCAACUGCAGCGCAAACCUUACACGACAUCAAAGAAUCCACACAGGGGAUAAACCAUAUCAGUGCUCUGUGUGUGGAAAGAGUUUCAACCGCGGCGCAAAUCUUACACGACAUCAAAGAAUCCACACAAACCAUAUCAGUGCUCAUUGUGUAGAAAGAGCUUAAACUGCAGUGCAAGCCUUACACAACAUCAAAUAAUCCACACUAAGGACAAACCAUAUCAUUGCUCAUUGUGUGGAAAGGAUUGUAACUGCAGUGCAAGCCUUACAUGACAUCAAAUAAUCCACCCAGAGGCGAAACCAUAUCAGUGCUCAGUGUGAGUAGGAGCCAAGAUGGUGAUGAUAUAACAGACUUUUAGAGCCUCAGUUUUUAGUAACUUCUCUCUGAGAUGCCCCCAGCCUUUAAAAAGAAUUUUCACUAUUUAUGUGGGAGUCUCCUGGUAGUAAUACAGGCUUAAGAGACAAGCCAUGUGGCAAUUCCAGACUAGAGUUAGGGUGGAAAGAUCUGACCCCUUGAUUCAAUCACUAAUACAGUCCUGUUUUCAAUAAAUGCAGUUCAUGUAAAAGGAUGAAGCUGUUCACACAUCCAGCCAAGACCAGGUGAAGGUUGCAUGUAUGAGCUACCGGGAGCCGCACAGCUCCUGGCAGCGGCAUGGCAGCAAACCUGCCAAAAAGGCCCACCUGUUAGCCACGGUUAAGGGCAUGAGCAUGCCCUUAACAGUGAUCUGUGACACUGUCAUGCAGCGCCGACACAGAAACAGCUCCCUGGCCAGUGCCAGAGGAAUCCCCAUAAUGUACCACGCACUCACGUCUUACAUUACUGUUUGUAUUCUACGCAUAUAAGAAUGGAGGUGGGGCUCUCUUCAGUUUCUGUGAGAGUCCAUCUGAUACUGCUCAAACCUUUUAAGAAACUUGAUAGCCCUUUUGAAGAUGUAGUAAAAUCUUGUUACUGGCACUACCAAGAGGGAAAUCAGUGGCCAGAAAUACUAUCUCAUAAUCUGCAAAAAUAAGAACAGCCCUGCUGGAUUAGGCCCAAGGCCCAUCUAGAUCAGCAUCCCGUUUCACACAGCGGCUCACCAGAUGCCACUGGAAGCCUAAAGGCAGGAGUUGAGGGCAUGCCCUCUCUCCUACUGUUACUCCCCUGCAACUGGCACUCAGAGGCAUCCUGCCUUUGAGGCUGGAGGUGGCCUACAGCCCUCCAACUAGUAGCCGAUGAGAGACCUCUCUGCCCUCACUAGAGGAUGCCCUGGGAUAGGGAAAAAUCCACAAUUGCCGCCUUGAGGAGGAUGCCAGCCAAGAAGCUGGUUUGGUUCAAGGUUCACAGUUCUCCCUAUUGUGGUGAUUCUCUUUAUUUAGCAGGGGGAGAAUAACUGGCCCUAUCCACCCUCAGCUCAGUACCUCCAGUGACUGUUGCUGGUGUCUAUCUGAUGUUUCUUUUAGAUUGUGAGCCCUUUGGGGACAGGGAUCCAUCUUAUUUAUUUAUUAUUUCUCUGUGUAAACCGCCCUGAGCUAUUUUUGGAAAGGCGGUAUAGAAAUCGAAUAAAUAAUAAUAAUAAUCUUCACUUCGAGAAAAACAGAUCCAUUUCGUGGCACCUGCUUCAUCUCAGCAGCACACCACUAAGGAAGGCAUUUAUCAUCCUGCAUUUCCAGCUCAUACUCUCGACAUACUUGAGGGCACAUUUCACAAACUUCCCAUGGGACAGUGACUUGGCCCUUGUGGCCAUAGGUAAGUGGAGGACAUUUAACAUUUUAGCCUCCACAGCUCCUUUUAUGUAACAAUGAGGGAAAAUGAUGGGCUAGAUUAUGGAUAACUUCAUGGGUUCCAAAACAGAAUGUGUCAAUUAUUUUCUGGUGCGUGUGUUUCCUUGUGUUAGUUAUCAAGUGGCCAUUUUUGCACGAUUGUCUUUUAAUAUUAGAAAGAGAAUGGUGCCUGCCAACCCUGCUAGAUGUCUGGCCACGUUGUAGUUCCAGGACUAGCUCUUUUACUUGAAUGGCAUCCACUAGAGUUGUAACUAUUAUCCAGUAUUUAAGAUUGUCAUUUUAUUGUUACUCUAUUGUCAUUUAUGCUGCCCUGAGCCAGUUUUUGGAAGGGCGGUAUAUAAAUCAAAUAAAGAAA